ACACACACACACACACUCACACUCAUACACACACUGAUCUCCGAGUAUAAAGAAAACUUUACUCAGUUUUGACAAGAGGAGAGCAAGAAGGUGGAAGACCGCUUGCUAACUUUAUUUAUUUAAUGAGGCCGUUCACUGUAGGAUCUAGCUUAUAUUCAAGUCUGGAAGAUUUGAACUGUAGAAGUACAUUAACUUUCAUACUUCAGAAGUGCCACCAUCACACUGAACUCCACCAUGGGGCCUCUAACCCAGGUGCUGGCCUACACCAUCAUAGCUCUGUUAUACCACCCUACUCAAGCAGGGGUUCUUAAGAGAGUGAUUCGCCACAAGCGGCAGAGUGGCAUCAAUGCCACCCUGCCAGAAGAGAACCAACCAGUUGUCUUUAACCAUGUCUACAACAUUAAGAUGCCCGUGGGUUCCCACUGCUCAGUAGACCUAGAUUCAGCCAGUGGGGAGAAAGAACUGAACCCCCCCAACGAGCUAGGAGAACAUUUCCAAGAGCAUACACUUAAUGAGGAGAAUCAGAUCGUCUUCACACACCGAAUCAACAUCCCCCGGCGAGCAUGUGGCUGUGCACCAGCUCCAGACAUCAAGGACCUGCUGAGUCGGCUUGAGGAACUAGAGGGGCUGGUGUCUUCACUACGGGAGCAAUGUACCAGUGGGGCUGGCUGCUGUCUCCAACCUGCUGAAGGUCGACUGGACACAGCACCCUUCUGUAGUGGUCGGGGCAACUACAGCACAGACAGCUGUGGCUGCGUGUGCGAACCGGGCUGGAAGGGACCCAACUGCUCUGAACCAGAAUGCCCAGGACAUUGCAACGACAGGGGUCAGUGCAUCGAUGGACAGUGUGUCUGUGAGGAGGGCUUCACUGGUGAGGACUGUGGCCAGCUGGCCUGUCCCAGUGACUGCAAUGACCAAGGCAAGUGCGUCCGUGGCGCCUGUGUCUGUUUCGAGGGGUAUACAGGGGAGGACUGCAGCGAGGAGCUGUGCCCUGUGCCCUGCAGUGAGCAUGGCAAAUGCAUGAACGGGCAAUGCGUUUGCGAUGAGGGCUUCGCUGGUGAGGACUGCAACGAGCCUCUGUGCCUUAACAACUGCUACAACCGCGGGCGCUGUGUGGAGAACGAGUGUGUGUGUGACGAGGGUUUCACUGGUGAGGACUGUAGCGAGCUCAUCUGCCCCAAUGAUUGCUAUGACCGGGGCCGCUGUGUCAAUGGAACCUGCUACUGUGAGUCAGGCUUCACAGGAGAAGACUGUGGGCAACUCACCUGCCCCAAUGACUGCAACCACCAGGGCCGAUGUGAGGAAGGGCAGUGCGUUUGUGAGGAGGGAUUUGCUGGUGAUGACUGUAGUGAAAAGCGCUGUCCCGAGGACUGUCACAACCACGGUCGCUGCAUUGACGGGCAGUGCGAGUGUGAUGAUGGGUUCACAGGGGCAGACUGUGGGAAACUCAAGUGUCCCCGGGACUGCAGCAAACACGGCCGCUGUGUCAACGGGCAGUGCGUGUGCGAUGAGGGUUACACAGGGGAGGAUUGUGCCAACCGCCGGUGCCUCAAUGACUGUAACAACCGCGGGCGCUGCGUGCACGGGAAGUGCGUGUGCGAACAGGGUUUCACGGGUUAUGACUGUGGAGACAUGAGCUGUCCCAACGACUGCCACCAUCAAGGACGCUGUGUGAAUGGAAUGUGCGUGUGUGAUGAUGGCUUCAUGGGGGAAGACUGCCGGGACUUGCGAUGCCCCAAAGACUGUAACAGCCGGGGGGUUUGCGUGGCUGGGAAGUGUGAAUGCGAUGAGGGCUUCGCUGGGGAAGCCUGCGGAGAGUUAGCUUGCUUAAAUAACUGCAAUAACCGGGGCCGCUGCGUGAAUGGACAGUGCGUGUGCAACGAGGGUUUCAUGGGGAGAGACUGCAGUGACCUAAGGUGUCCAAACGACUGUAACAACCAAGGGCGCUGUGUGGACGGCAAGUGCGUCUGCCACGAGGGAUUUGGAGGAGAGGACUGCAGUCAGCUUUCCUGCCUGAACAACUGUAACGACUGGGGACAGUGCGUUGGAGGGCGCUGCAUCUGUAAUGAAGGGUACACCGGUGAAGACUGUUCAGAGGUAUCCCCUCCAAAGGACCUCAUAGUGACUGAAGUGACAGAAGAGACUGUAAACCUGGCAUGGGACAAUGAAAUGAGGGUCACGGAGUACCUCGUCAUCUACACCCCCACAAACUCAGAUGGCCUGGAAAUGCAGUUCCGUGUCCCUGGGGACCAGACAUCCACCAUCAUCCGUGAAUUAGAGCCAGGGGUAGAAUACUUCAUCCAAGUCUUUGCUAUCCUCGAGAACAAGAAAAGCAUCCCUGUGAGCGCAAGGGUGGCUACUUACUUGCCUGCCCCAGAAGGUUUGAAAUUCAAAGCUAUCAAAGAGACAUCAGUAGAAGUGGAGUGGGAUCCUCUAGACAUUGCUUUUGAAACCUGGGAAAUUAUCUUCCGCAACAUGAACAAAGAUGAUGGAGAAGAAAUCACCAAAAGCUUGAGGAGGCCAGAAACAACUUACAGACAGACGGGCCUGGCUCCAGGACAGGAGUAUGAGAUAUCUCUGCAUAUCGUAAAAAACAACACCCGGGGCCCUGGUCUGAAGAAAAUAACAACCACACGUCUGGAUGCUCCUAGCCAGAUAGAAGUAAAGGAUGUCACGGACACUACUGCUCUAAUCAGCUGGUCUAAGCCCUUAGCUGAAAUCGAUGGCAUUGAACUCUCAUACGGCAUCAAAGAUGUUCCAGGUGACAGAACAACCAUUGAUCUCACUCACGAUGACAACCAGUACUCCAUUGGAAACCUGAAACCCGAUACGGAAUAUGAGGUGUCCCUUAUCUCUCGAAGAGGAGAUAUGUCAAGCAACCCAGCCAAAGAAACUUUUGUAACAGGUUUGGAUGCCCCUCGGAAUCUAAAGCGCAUCUCCCAGACUGACAAUAGCAUCACCUUAGAAUGGAAGAAUGGCAAAGCUAACAUUGACAAUUAUCGGAUCAAGUUUGCCCCCAUUUCUGGAGGAGACCAUGCAGAAGUUGAGGUGCCCAAGAGCAAACAGGCCACAACCAAAACCACACUCACAGGUCUGAGACCUGGAACUGAAUAUGGCAUUGGAGUAUCAGCAGUGAAGGACGAUAAGGAAAGCAAUCCCGCUACCAUCAAUGCUGCCACAGAUAUGGAUGCCCCGAGGGACCUUCAGAUUUCAGAGCCUACAGAAACCACCUUGCCCCUGCUCUGGAAACGACCCCUGGCCAAGUUUGACAAAUACCGCCUGACCUAUAGCUCUCCCAAAGGACAGCAGAAGGAAAUCCAAUUGCCAGCAGACACCACUUCUUAUGUUCUGAGAGGUCUGGAUCCUGGCACUGAGUAUGCCAUCCACCUGGUGGUUGAGAAAGGACGGCACAAGAGCAAACCAGCCCGUGUGAAAGGCUCAACAGAGGAAGCACCAGAGUUCGGAAACCUUGCCGUGACAGAUGUUAGCUGGGAUGCCCUCAAACUCAACUGGAUGGCAGCAGAUGGGGCUUAUGACAGCUUUGUCAUUCAGGUGCAGGAGGCUAACAAGUUGGAGGAGGUUCAGAAUCUCACUGUGUCGGGCAGCCUGAGAGCUGUGAAUAUCACAGGCCUCCAAGCUGCCACCCCCUAUAGGAUCACCAUCUACGGGGUGAUUCAGGCCUACAGAACAAGUCCCCUUACUGCUGAAACCUCUACAGAAGGAACUCCCAAGUUGGUAGAGCUAACCACGACAGAGGUUAGCUGGGAUUCUCUCAGACUCAACUGGACCACCACUGAUGGGAACUAUGAGAACUUUGUCAUUCAGGUGCAAGAGGCUGACCGGAACCUUACCAUCCCAGGAGGACUGAGAUCUGUGCAUGUGACUGGGCUCACACCUGCCACCCUUUAUAGAAUCACCAUCCAUGGGGUGAUUCGGGGCUUUAGCACACACCCUCUUUCUAUUCAAGCCACCACAGAAGAGGUUCCAGAGCUGGGGAACCUCACAGUGGCCAAGGUUAGCUGGGAUUCCCUCAAACUCAACUGGACUGCAGCUGAUGGGGCCUAUGAGAUCUUUGUCAUUAAGGUGCAGGAGGCUAACAAUUUGGAGGAAGCCCAGAAUCUCACAGUAUCUGGCAAACUUCAGUCUGUUGAUGUUCAUGGCCUCCAGGCUGAAACCCCUUACACUAUUACCUUGUAUGGCGUGAGCAGGAACUACACCACUGAACCCCUUUCUGCUGAAGUCACCACAGAGGAGGCACCUAAGCUCAGAAGCUUAACAGUUUCAGAAAUUACCUGGAAUGCCUUCACACUCAAUUGGACUGCAGCAAAUGGGCCCUACGAGAACUUUGUCAUUUGGGUGCAAGAAGUUAAUCACCCUGAAGAAAUGCACAAUCUCACAGUGGCUAGUGCACUGAACUCUCUGGAAGUGACAGGGCUCAAGCCAGCCACCCCUUACAAAAUCACCGUCACUGGUGUGGUGGGAGGCUACCACACAGAGCCUCUUUCUACUGAAGCCUCCACAGAGGAGCUCCCUAAACUGGGAGAGUUAACUGUGACAAAUGUUAGCUGGGAUGCCCUCAGACUCAACUGGACCACAGCAGAGGAAGCCUAUGACAGCUUUGUCAUUCAGGUGCAGGAGGCUAACAAGUUGGAAGAGGUUCAGAAUCUCACAGUGUCUGGCAGCCUGAGAGCUGUGAAUAUCACAGGCCUCCAAGCUGCCACCCCCUAUAGAGUCACCAUCUAUGGGGUGAUUCAGACCUACAGAACAAGAUCCCUUUCUGCUGAAGCUUCCACAGCAAAGAAACAAGAAAUUGGGGACUUAAAGGUUUCCAGCAUUACUCCUGAUAGUUUUGACCACUCCUGGACAACAACAGAUGGAGCUUUUGAGACAUUUACCAUUGAAAUUGUUGCUUGUAAUAGGUUGUUGGAGUCUUUGGAAUAUGAUAUCUCUGGCACUUUAAGGAUUGCUCAUUUCUCAGGGAUUUUCUCUAAUGCUGACUUUAUUGUCUACCUCUCUGGGAUAGCACCUGGUGUCCAUAUUCAAGUCAUAAGUAUGGCAUCUACAACAGUAGCCGAACCUCUUCUUAGCCAUCUCACUGUCUCAGACAUUACCUCGGGCAGUGUAUCCCUCUCGUGGAAAGCUCAGGAGGCAGCCUUUGAUAACUUUGUUUUAGAAGUUAGGAAUUCUGACCUCCCUCUGGACUCUGUGGUCUACACAGUGCCUGGGGCCUUGAGAAGCUCUGUAAUCACCGACCUUAGAGCUUCCACUAAUUACACUGUCCAACUUCAUGGGCUGAUUGGCGGGCAGAAUGGUCAGACCCUGAUGGCCCAGGCAACCACAGAACCAGAGCUACAGGUGGGCCCGCUAAUUCUUACCAAUGUUACCCCCGACAGCUUCAACAUGUCAUGGACCACAAGUGCUGGGCUCUUUGCAAAGUUUGUCAUCAAUGUUAGCGAUUCUCAGUCUCUGUAUGAACCCCAGCAGCACACAGUCUCAGGAGACACGCAGCACGCUCACAUCACAGGCUUGGUAGAUAAUACUGGCUAUGACAUUAGCAUUAGGGGAACGACGUGGGCUGGUGACCAGACCAAGCCACUCACUGCCUUUGUGACGACAGAGACCCUGCCCCUACUGGAAAACUUAACCAUUUCCGACAUUAAUCCCCAUGGGUUCACAGUUUCCUGGAUGGCAUUGGAGAAUGCCUUUGACAGCUUUCUAGUAAUGGUGGUGGAUUCUGGCAAGCUGCUGGACCCCCAGGAGUUCACACUUUCAGGAGCCCAGAGGAAACUGGAGCUUAAAGGCCUCAUAACUGGCAUUGGCUAUGAGGUUAUGCUUUUCGGCUUGGCCCAAGGGCACCAAACAAAGCCCUUGAGUGCUGUGGUUUUCACAGAAGCAGAACCAGAAGUCGACAACCUUCUGGUUUCAGAUGCCACCCCAGACGGUUUCCGUCUAUCUUGGACGGCAGAUGACGGGGUCUUCGACAGUUUUGUUCUUAAAAUCAGGGAUACUAAAAAGCAGGCUGAUCCACUGGAAAUAAUCGUACCAGCCCACGAGCGUACCAGGGACGUAACAGGUCUCAAAGAGGGAACAGUAUAUGAUAUUGAACUCUAUGGAUUAAUCAGUGGACGGCGAUCCCAGCCAAUCAAUGCCAUUGCAACCACAGCCAUGGGAUCACCAAAAGAAAUCUCCUUCUCCGACGUCACUGAAAACUCUGCCACUGUUAGCUGGUCGGCGCCCACAUCACAGGUGGAGAGCUUCCGGAUCACAUAUGUUCCCAUUGCAGGAGGAACACCUUCAGUGGUGACAGUGGAUGGAAGCAAGACUCAAACUGGGCUGGUGAGACUGAUGCCUGGAGUGGAAUACCUUGUCAGUAUCAUCUCAAUCAAGGGCUUUGAGGAAAGUGAGCCUGUGACAGGAACUCUCACAACAGCUCUGGAUGGCCCAUCAGGCUUGGUAGCAGCUAAUAUCACCGACUCUGAAGCCCUGGCCAUGUGGCAGCCAGCCAUUGCUACAGUGGACAACUACGUCAUCUCCUACGCUGGGGACAAAGUGCCAGAAGUGACUCAAACAGUAUCUGGGAACACAGUGGAAUAUGCUUUGAAUGACCUUGAGCCUGCAACAGAGUAUACGCUAAGGAUCUUUGCAGAGAAGGGGCCCCAGAAAAGUUCUGUGAUCACCACUCAUUUCACAACAGACCUAGAUUCUCCAAGAGAUUUGGUGGCAACUGAGGUUCAAUCAGAAACUGCACUAUUAAAAUGGAGGCCUCCUCGUGCACCUGUUACUGGGUAUCUCCUCAUCUAUGAAUCUGUGGAUGGAACCAUAAAGGAAGUCAUCUUGGGACCUGACACAGAUACCUACAGCCUCACAGAGCUGAGCCCAUCCACACACUAUACAGCCAAGAUCCAGGCCUUGAAGGGACCCCUGAGGAGUAAACUCAUUCAGACCAUUUUCACAACAAUUGGACUCCUCUACCCAUAUCCCAAGGACUGUUCACAAACAAUGCUGAAUGGUGAAACAGCCUCUGGCCUCUACACUAUCUAUCUGAAUGGAGAUAAGGCCCAGGCACUAAAUGUCUUCUGCGACAUGACCUCUGAUGGAGGUGGAUGGAUUGUAUUUUUGAGACGUAGUAAUGGACGUCAAGAUUUCUACCAGAAUUGGAGGACCUAUGCUACUGGUUUCGGGAAACUCAAAGAUGAAUUUUGGCUUGGGCUGGAUAACAUUCACAAAAUCACUGACCAGGGGCAGUAUGAAUUAAGGGUGGACCUCAAGGAUCAUGGUGAGACAGCUUAUGCCAUCUAUGAUAAGUUCAGCGUUGGAGAUGCCAAGUCCCGCUAUAAGCUGAAGGUGGACGGUUACAGUGGAACAGCAGGUGAUUCCAUGGCCUACCACAAUGGUAGGUCCUUCUCUACAUAUGACAAGGACACAGAUUCAGCCAUCACAAAUUGUGCUCUGUCCUACAAGGGAGCUUUCUGGUACAAGAAUUGUCACCGAGUCAACCUUAUGGGCCGGUAUGGUGACAACAAUCACAGUCAGGGCGUUAACUGGUUUCACUGGAAGGGCCAUGAGCACUCAAUCCAGUUUGCUGAAAUGAAGCUAAGACCCAGCAACUUCCGGAACCUGGAAGGCAGAAGGAAAAGGGCAUAAACACUUCAUGGACAACAGAGGGAAGAGCAUUACAGGGGAGGGGAGGGAAGCCCAGAGAAACAGAGGAUCUUACCAAAGCAUCAAAACCAUUGGCCCCAAACACUCUGCUGGGGCCACAGUGUUGAUGACAGCAUGAGCAAAAGUGCCGAUCUCACACACUCUUCGGUAAAGUCCUUCACACCAAAGACAAUGAUCUCAAAGGGGUUUUCUUUUCAGUUUUCUUUGGGGUUUUUUGUUUGUUUGUUUAUUUGUUUCUGCAAAACUCUUCCAGUGACAGUUUCAUGGGAUCUUUCUCUUCGGUGGCUCUGGGGAAGCACAGGGAGCAGGUUGUACAUUGGUAGUUUGUUUUAGAACCAGCCAUAUUUUACACAAAAUUGUACAAUUAAUUAUCAUUAUUAUUAUUAGCUAUAAUUAAAUACGUGUCAUUGAAAGGCUUUUUUUACAUUUCAGACAACAGAGACCAGAAAAGCAGUACCAUUUCAACUGUAAGGAUGCAAUUAAUAUGAUUAAUAUAAUAAUAAUAAUGAUAAUGAUGAUAAUAAUAAACUAAGCGUUUUAAAGAGAUCCAUGCUUUCCAAAACACAGCAGGACAGUGUCUGAUUGUAUUUUUUUUUAAUAAAAGCACAAUUACUUUUAAAUAUA